AUGGCGGACCUGGCAGUAAACUUGGCCAAGUCGGUGGUGGAGGGGGCUGUGACCAAGGCCCUGGCGGCGAUUGAGGAGGAGGCAACGCUGCGGCAGAGCACGCAGAACGACCUGGCGUUCAUCACCGGUGAGUUCCAGAUGAUGCAGUCCUUCCUCAAUGUCGCAGAUGAGGAGCGCGCCAGGAACAACGUGGUGAGGACCUGGGUGAGACAGGUCCGUGACCUCGCCUACAACGUGGAGGACUGCAUCGAGUAUGUGAUCCACCUUGACAAGGCGUCAGACUGGCACUGCCGCUGCCUCCCAGGCUUCAUCAGGCCAGAGCUGCCGCUGGACAAGGCGGUCGCCAAGAUAAAGCUGCUCAAGGGCAGGGUUGAGGAGGUGAGCCUUAGGAACAUGCGCUACAACCUCAUCAGUGAUUCAGGUUCCAAGCCCGUCACGCAGCAACAGUUUGUGCCUGGUGCUUCUGUCGGUGCCACAACAUUUGACAUGCUCGUCAAAGCAAGAGAUACCACAAAGAUGCAACGAGGAUUAGGAGAUCUGACCAAAAGUGGCAAUGCUGAUACCACACCCAUAAUCAGGGAGGCUUAUGGCAAACCAGAAAUAUGUGACAGCUUCAGAUGCCGUGGCUGGGCAAAGCUGACGCACCCUUUCAAUCCCCAUGAGUUCCAGCGGAGCUUGCUGAUUCAGUUCCACACAAACUCUUGCCUACAAAAGAAAUCGGGUGUAGACAUUGGUACCCUCAAGAAAUUGGAAGUGGCUGCAGAAGGCGAACUUAUUGAAGAGUUCAUGGAGCAAAUGAAGGAGAGGUACCUGGUUAUCCUGGAAAACGUUUCCAGUAUGGUAGAGUGGGACACCGUCAGAGCUUACCUGCCUGAAAAGAAAAAUCACAGCUGGGUCAUCAUCUCUACUCAGCAAUCUGAAGUCGCCAGGCUGUGUGUUGGAGAUCCAUGGCAAGUGUUUGAGCUUAAGCAGUCCUCAGCCGAACACUCUGUAUGUGUCUUCUUCAGGGAGGGUUCUCAAGGCGACGGAGAUAAAAGCAAGCAAACCACUAUGGUGAUGGCUAACAAUAAUGAGGCAUCAUCAUCAAUGGGUGUCCAAAACAAUACUGAUAUGUGGAUUGGUCGAUUCCCCCUAGUUAAAGUACGCAAUUCACAGAUGAAAGAUCUCCGUGGCUAUUUAGCCAGGGCAUGUGUUAAUGGUUUCCUUGUGAUAUCCGUGUGGGGGAUAGCUGGUGUUGGGAAAUCAGCUCUAGUCAGGAACUUAUACUACGACAUAAUGAACUUGGCUUGGAGCUUACUUUCAGAACUUCAGUCAGAUUCUCCUCAGCAAAAUGGAAUCAGCAAUCCCAUUCAAGAGUUUCAUGAGCUUCUGGAGAAACAUCGCUGCCUUGUCGUAAUAGAUGGUUUGCAAUCCACAGACGAGUGGGACCUAAUACGACAUUACUUGGUGUCUAUACAUUCUAGAAGCAUUAUCGUUGUGAUUACAACUGAAGCAAGCAUAGCCAUACAUUGUGCAAAUCGAGAAGAGGCCAUGUACAAUGUCAAAAGUCUAGAAGACGAUGAAGCACGUGAUCUCUUCAAAAAGGAGGUAGGCAUAUUUCCAGAUUUGUCCGCUUUAAGGGAUUCUGAAGAUCCCGAGUUUCUAAAACUUAUUUCCAAGUGUGGCGGACUUCCCAAAGUAAUAGUUGCUGUAGCCAACUUUUUGGCACCCAUGACAGUCAGCUGGAUGAAAACCGCAAUGAAUCUUAGUGACAGAUUUAUGCAUGAUCUGGAGACUAAACCGGAAUUUGAUAACUUGCGUGGAUUAUUUGGUUGGAUGCACAACUACUUCCGUACUUGCCCAGAUUACCUCAAGCCAUGUAUCCUCUACCUGUCCAUUUUUCCGCAAGGCCAAAGCAUUCGAUGGAGGCGUCUAGUGAGGCGGUGGAUCGCAGAGGGUUACUCGAGGGACAUGUCCAACAGGUCAGCUGAGGAUAAUGGGGAAAAAUUCUUCUCGAUGCUCCUUGAUCUGAGUAUCAUCCAGCAGACACCACAUUCAGUCACCACUGCAGAUACAAGAAUGGUCUUGUGCCAAGUCAACGGCUUCUUCCGUGAGUACAUCAUAUCAAGGCGAAAGGAUGAGGACCUUGUCUUCGAACUGGAGGGCAGGUGCACAUUGACCAGUCAACGCACAGGACGACACCUUGUCAUAAAGCAAAGCUGGGACAGAGACAAGAUCGUGUUCAGUAGUAUUGACUUCUCAAGGCUACGCUCCCUCACUGUGUUUGGACAGUGGAAGCCCUUCUUCAUCAGUGAAACUAUGAGGGUGCUCCGGGUGCUUGAUCUCGAAAAUGCAACGGGUGUCACAUAUAAAUGCCUGGAGCAGAUGCUGAAGGUGCUUCCUCGCCUCAAGUUCCUCUCUCUGAGAGGAAUAAGAGAGAUCUGUUCUCUGCCACGUUCAAUUGCUGGUCUGAGGCAGCUUGAAACUCUGGAUGUCAGGGGCACCUCCAUAGUCACUUUGCCACCAUCCAUCACCAAGCUUACCAAGCUGCAGUACAUCCGUGCUGGCAUAGCUAAGGAACCAUCAGUAUCAUGUGCUCAUUUCUCUUGGUUGCCUAGCUGCUGUAGAUCUUGUCAUGUAGGUGGUGUUGAAGUGCCUGCAGGGAUUAAGAAACUUACAGCCUUGCACACUCUUGGUGCUGUCAACGUUGGUUUUUCAGGGGGCAAGGCCAUCCUGAAAGAGCUCAAGAAGCUCACCCAAUUGCACAAGCUUGAAGUGACAGGCAUCAACAAGAAAAAUAGCAAGGAGUUCUGUUCCGUCAUCUCAGACCACGUUCAUUUGGAAUCCUUGUCAGUGUGGCUCAUCAUGGGCAAUAACAAACCUUGUUUGAAUGGCAUGUUCUCGCCUCAGAAGAAGCCUCCGGAAAAUCUUCAGAGCCUUAAGCUAUAUGGCCUUGUAAAAGAAGUGCCAGUAUGGAUCAGAGAUCUUCCCAAACUAACAAAGUUGGAACUGGAGAUAACUAUGUCAGAAGAAGUUGAAGUAAUCAAAGUUCUUGGGGACAUAAAAGAACUAUGUAUUCUACGUUUUUAUGUCAAGCCUCUUAAAGAUGGAGAUGGUAAUAAGCUUAACUUUUUUGUCGAGGUGAAUGGAGUAGAGCAGAGCAGUUAUUUGAACCUCAAGAUACUUGAAAUUGCUUGCAACUCAGAGUUAAAUGUAUCCUUUGGAUCAUUAGCAAUGCAAAAUCUUGAGCUGCUGACAGCUAAAUGCUGUACUGGGUCGGCAGUGAAGUUUGCUGACCUGAAGAGUCUCUCUAAAGGAAAACUCAAGGAGGUGUGGUAUUUUGGUUCCCUUGACAACACAGUUAAGUUGGACAUGGAGAAUCAACUUAACCAGCAUCCUAAGACUCCUGCUUUGAAACUGGAGGAACCAUGUUCGUCCUGA